AUGCAAAAUCUCGACUUCACUUGUUAUAUUGAUAUGACUUCGAUUUCAUCGAGUCCUAUAUUGAAUCUCAUUGUUGGGUCUUUGAUCUUUCACUCCCAAGGUUGCCGGCUCCGCAGUCACGACUAUCACGAAUCCCCAAAAUUUGACUUCUUUGUUUAUUACCCACGACUUCGGUUUAUAUCCUUGGUCCUUUUGUUUUAUGCUUGGCAUUUGUGUCUCGCGCCGCAUGAUAUAAUUCAUCGCUCCCACCUCUCUCUCGUCACCUGUGACACAAAUGGCAAACGAUUGGUCUUGGGGCCCCUUCUCUCCGUGGCAUCUUCGCAUGUAUCCGGGAGAUAUCGAUACCCUCGAUGCAUCUUCUGUCUAAUCUCAAGAGUCCAGCCAAUCCCCGUGACUGUCUAUCUGAAUUUGGCUUGCUCUUUUGGUUUGCUUCCAUAUAUCUGCAUUUCACCAUUCGGCGCUGCCGGCGAGCCAGGGCCGUCACAUUUCCCGUCUCCAUUGGUCAUGCGUUGA